CCCGUCUGCUGGUUCCUCUGAUCCCUCUGCUGGUCCCGCCUGCUCUUCAUGUGGCCCCGUCUUCUCGUCCUCCCCAGUCACCUGCUUUGCGUCGCAUUGUCCUUACAUCACCCCGCCAUUUCUUCCCUUUCCUUUUCCUUCUUUCGUCCUUCGUUGUGCCAGUCCAUGCUGCCCUGCACCCGCGCUGCGUCGCAACCAGCCGAUCACCAUGGCCGACCCUUCGGAACUGACUGUUAAUCAGGAUCCUCGUGCUCCCAACGACGACUACUCCACCUUUUCAGACUCCGAGGCCGAGGAACGACCCCAACCACGGACGACCAGUCGUUAUACUCCCGAUAUCUUCUCCGGUGUCUAUCGAGGUAUCCGGAGGUUGCCAUCCGUCAAGCUCCCCCGAAGUUCCUCAAUCCUCGGCCUGAAGAGCAGUUCCUCGCCAGUUCCCGAUACCACUCCUCCUCCCCCGCCUCCGUUAUCAAAGACUCCCGAAUCGUCAGCCAUCCAGCAUGUCCGAAACCUAAAACUCCAGUACAGUCUUGCGAAACCUCUACCUCAACCACCGCCCGAGUCUACGAGUCCGCUGCAGCCACCUGCAGCCAACGAUCUGCCUAUUGUUCUCGAGGACGACGACGACGAUUUUUCAGAUAUUGAUAUACCCAUUCCCACACCAACCGCCGUCAUGGAUAGCCGAACGAGUACCAUGGAUUCAAAAACAUCGGCACCGCCAACUGCUCAGGUGUACGGCCAGGACCCCAAUGCUCAUGAUAUGAAUAGCAGCGUGAGUAGUUUGUCGAGUCAGAGGCAGGACGGCUCAGACGAGAACCUGAAGCCUAGAAGCACUGGUUCUGCAUCCGCUGGACCAUCCCCGGCUGUGUCUCAGGGUAGAACGCCCACUUCUGUUGGAGGACCCUCCCAAGGUGGUCCGUCCACUCAUCUUUCUGGUUUGAUGUGCAAUGUUCACCGGACUACGGGGCGUGAGCCGCACGCCCUUGUGGGAGCUACAACGACUAUUCUUGGCGACAAGCUCUAUGUGUUUGGAGGACGAAUCUUGUCUAGAAGCCGACCUGCUCCUCUAACAUCCGACCUGUACGAGCUGGAUCUGAUCCGGCGACACUGGACCAAGCUCGAAACGAGUGGCGAUCUCCCCCCUCCCCGGUACUUUCACUCCAUGUGCCCCCUGGGAGACACCAAGAUGGUCUGCUACGGAGGCAUGUCACCUGCCCCAAACCAGCCUGCUGGAGGCGAUCCGCAGCAACCGGAAAUCACCGUCAUGUCCGACAUUUACAUAUACGACGUCACCACCAAGAUGUGGACCUUUGUUCCUACGCAAGAUACUCCUCAAGGCCGAUACGCCCAUUGCGCUUGUAUUCUACCCUCAUCCGCUACGUUCUCUUCGCACCGUGCACCUCUUUCUGCGCUCCAACAUAACCCCUCAACCGGAAACCCGAACGAGGGACGAAUUGGAAUCAACAUUGUGGGUACAGGGGGCGCUGAAAUGGUGAUUGUGGGUGGCCAGGACGGUGGAAACAACUACAUCGAACAGAUCAGCGUAUUCAACCUCCGAAGCCUUAAAUGGACUUCAACUCAAUCCCUGGGAAAGAGUUGUGGCGCUUACCGUAGUGUCGCUGCGCCCCUUACGCCUGCGGUUACAUCCAAGAUUGGCCGUGCGUACUCAAAUGGCAUGCAUAACAUGGAGGGUGGGAUCAGCCAGGAAUCCCGGGAGCCGGGGUCUUCAAUGCUUAUCUACUCCAACUACAACUUCCUCGAUGUCAAGCUGGAACUGCAGAUUCGGUCGUCUGACGGGACUUUGACGGAAAAGCCGAUGACAGGAACCUACUCCCCGCCUGGUCUUCGAUUCCCUAAUGGUGGGGUGAUUGACACCCAUUUUGUGGUGAGCGGGACGUAUUUGACGUCUUCUAAGCAAGAGUAUGCUCUCUGGGCGUUGGAUCUGCGGACCCUUACCUGGAGUCGUAUUGAUGCCGGAGGAAGCGUCUUUAGCCAGGGCAGCUGGAACCGGGGUGUUCUUUGGAACAGACGCAACACCUUUGUGAUCCUGGGCAACAGAAAGAGAAGUCUCGUCGACGACUAUAAUCACCGACGCAUCAACUUCUCUAAUGUCUGCAUGGUGGAGCUCGAGGCUUUUGGGUUUUAUGAUAACCCACGCAAGACCAGCCCCCUGUCGGGCUUCAUCUCCGCUAGCUGUCCCUAUGCCGGUCCUGGUCUGAGUCUUGCGCGCAAGGCUGGGUACACGGCUGGUGGUCGCUACCACUCGAGGGCGAGCGAGGAGCUGGGUGAGAAGGCGUUUACAAUGCGCGAGCUGGCAGAUAUGGACAUUUUGUGCAUUGGAGGCGAGCGGAUACCAGUCAACUCGAGGAUCGUGGGACGACGAUGGGGACCUUACUUUGUCCAACUGUUGAGGGAGGGGACGGCGACGCAAGAUGGCAGUGAUGCGAUGACACUCCGUUCUACUCUGGCGAGCAACCCUCUGCGAGCUUCGGCCAUUACGAUUACGCCGAGUUCCAGGGCUGCCGAGAGUAAUAUUUCGAUGGCUUCGACGCUUGUCUCAGGAGGCUCAAGCACCCUGCCGCCCGGGACAGCGUCGACGAGUGCCUCUGGUGGUGCAAUGCCUCCCGGCGGUGAUAACAACCCGAAUGCAGCGCCCACGCCACGAUCACUCCCGCCGAACUCACGACCCCGAUGCCUCUACCUCCCGCACACGUACCUGACCAUCCAAGCUCUGCUCCACUUCCUCUACACCAGUUCACUGCCUCCUCCGACAUCUCCGCUCUGCACCCCUCAGAUUCUGUGCUCGCUGCUACAGAUUUCUCGCCCAUAUCGCAUCGAUGGCCUCCUUGAAGCCGUGGUUGAGCGACUACAUGCCUUGCUGGAUAGCCGAAACGCGGCUGCUGUCUUCAACGCCACUGCCAUGGCUGCUGGUGGAGGCCGCGGAAUCGAUGGGUCACUCAACCCGAACUUCUUCGUUGGUGGCUUCGACCCGGUUGGGUCGCCGACUGCUACGUUGGACUUUUCCAUGGACGGCACGGCUAUGACUCCGUUCGUGAAUGAAAUCCAGAGUCGCACUGAGGGUCUCAAAAUCAAUACCAACGUGCAGAAUUCGAACCGACCAUCCAGCGAUGAACUGUCAGCCAGCAGCACUAGCGCAAGCGGUUCGGAAUGGAGCUCGUCGGAGAUUGGAGGCAGCGAGAAAGAGACCUUUGUAUGGAAUGGUGAGCUCAGCAGCGUGAUUGGGCUGCAGAAGCGAGGACUAAGGGGAUUGAUGGAGGGAAGAAGAAUGAGGGAGCGUACCGGGACGGCUCCAGCUGCCACAUCUGGACCGGGUUAUGGUGGCGGCCCUAGCCAGCGUGUAGGACUCGGGAUUGCAGGAUCCUAGAGUGGUAAUGAUGGUGAAGGACAAGCAUAUGGGAGAAAAGGUGGACGCGAAAAGCAUAGCAAGGGGAUGUCAUAUCCAGACAUGUAACGACUGACGGUCUACGUAGAAGGAGGAAGUCGACCCUGGACGAGUCGACGGAAGGAAAUAUCAUGGUAGACUAAUGGGAUAUGAAUGACAACUUCAAACUGUGUCUAGUGGCACAAAAACUAACUGAACGGGGUCCGGAUAUGAAAUGUUGUGGAAUACCUCGAGAAGGGCUAUGACGCAAUCAGCAUCCGGGUCGAAAGCUCCUGUGGCCUCUCCAGGGUUUCCAACUCAUGAGGGUUGGUGUUAUUGACCUCGUCAAUACUUGAUGUUCGAG